AUGGAGGGGUGGGACAAGGGCACGAAGAGCGUGGUGGGCGAGAUCCCGCUGCUGUCGACGCGGGCGGGCCCCCGGGACGGCGAUGCGUGGCGGCAGCGGCUCAAGGAGGAGUACCGCGCUCUCAUCGCCUACACCUCCGUCAACAAGGCCAAGGACAACGACUGGUUCCGCAUCGCCGCCGCCAACCCGGAGGGCACCCGCUGGGAGGGCACCUGCUGGUACGUCCACAACCUCCGCCGCUACGAGUUCCCCCUCCAGUUCGACAUCCCCGUCGCCUACCCCCAGGUCGCCCCCGAGAUCGAGCUCCCCACCCUCGACGGCAAGACCCACAAGAUGUACCGCGGGGGGAAGAUCUGCCUCACCGUGCACUUCAAGCCGCUGUGGGCCAAGAACUGCCCGCGGUUCGGGCUUGCCCACGCUCUCUGCCUCGGACUCGCGCCGUGGCUCGCCGCGGAGGUGCCCAUCCUGGUCGACUCGGGCAUGGUGAAGCACAAGGACGAUGAGGCUGCUCCUGCAGAUGCCGCUGCUGCGUCUGGCUCUGCCGCUGCCUCUUAG